AUGGCCUCCAUGCAGGACGGGCUGAACUUCACGGCUCCUCCCUACGGCAAGGUCCUGCUGCUGGGUGCUAUCGCUGCUGCCUCAGCCUUUGUUGUUACGAUCCUCAUCGUGGUCCUCUGCGUGGGCUGCCAGAGGAAGGGAAAGACACACAAUGUUCCCGGCGAGGGUGGAAAACACCGUCUCAUGGACAUGGGUAUACUCAGGCAGUCGAAGCUGCGGUCCAUCAGUAAAUCAGACACUGAGAUGAACAAGAUGAACUGCAAUGGGAAAAUGGAUGGAAGCCAAAUUGGAGGCAUAUUCACAAACAUCGACGUCAGUUCCCAGUUCACUCAUGGACCUUUCUGCAGCCGCUCAAACCGUCGGUCUAACUCUGAGCUUCGUUCUCAAGGCAGGCAGCUUCCCCAGAUUCCCUCUGGGACUGGAGAGGACGGAGAGCACACUUAUUCUGAAGUGGGUCGACGCUCCUCCACCUCUCGUACUGAUGAUGCCCUGUACGCCAUGGUAGGCAGGGCCGGGCAGACGGACACCCCGGCCCCUCCGGCCGUCCCUGCCAACACACCGGCGCCACCAGACCCAGAUGGGGAUGUGGAAGGAGGGCUGCCUGAACCCGAGGCCCAGGUCAUGUCUCCACCACACCCUCCGGAGACGGCUGAGUACGCUUGUGUCAGGAAGCUGAGGAAGGCCGACAAGGCACCUCAAAAGAGGGACAGCGGUACGGAUAUGGGGGAGCCGCCGGCGCCACCGCCACGACACGCCCCGCCAUCACACCCUGCCCCUCCUCCGCCACACCCUCACAGCACUAAGCUGCCCCGUAGAAACAUGGAUGCCUUCAACGUCCCCUCGUUCCCAAAGGAAGUGAUGUUUAUGGGAAAUGGAGAGCAGUACAUCUGGAAGCCCCCAGAGGAUGAGGAGCUCGCCUUGCUCCAAAAUAAAGCCUUGGGCCCACUGGCUGCUCACACAAUGGAGAAUAUACAACCGUCCGCUGCUGUGGUGGCCGAGAUGUACUCAAAGGUGUGUAAACCGACAAAGAAGAAGAGAGCUGUCCCGGGGUCUCCACCGGCCAAUCCUGGCUUCCGGACCUUGGGUCGUGGUGACCGGGACCGAGACCGGGAUGGGGGGUUUAGUGUAGUAGUCAAACCCCAGACCUGGGCCCCUCAGGAGGGCAAAGCAAUUGGAGGGUCCCUUGAUGACCACUGCUAUGAGUCCUUCGGGACAGAGGAGUGCGAUCUGGCCUAUGAGAACGUGGAAGGCGGAGGUGCCUGGAAGCGAGAGAGGCCCCCUAACACAUGUGCCACCCUGCGGCCGAGGAGGAAGAAAGCCCAGCAGCCCUUGCAGCAGCAGCAGCCCCCUCCACCGCCGCCAACGCAGCAAACCCCCAAGUUACAGCACCUGCCUGCCAAAGCCCUGCUGUUGCCGGGGGAGAACCUGUACGAGAGCAUCGGCGACCUGAAGCAGGGCUCCGCCACCUCCAGCACCACCACCAUCUUCACUUUCAACGAUGGCAUGGAGAUGUAUGUAACUGGGCUCUGA